UUGUCAAUUCAGGCCACAAAAGUGACUUCUUUCCGGUUCCAGAUCGGGUUAGAGCGUAUAUUUUCUGGUCAGGCCUGUAUAAGUGAACCUGAUCACUAUUUGAGGUUUGAUACCCAAAAACAAUGCGGAUUUCUGACAUUGUACUAAGUUAAAUAUAGUAAAAAUACCCGACCGUUGCCAGCAAUUUCUCAGUCUCAGUUAUGUAACUUAUACAAUGAUGCCAAUUAAGGACGAUCGAUGGUUAUCCCACAAGAAUUGAUUUUGGUCGGGCCACUUUACUUCUUUCGAACAUCAAUAAUUUAUGAACAUACCUAUUUAUUUCAAGCUUUGAUCUUAGUCAUAGAAAAUUGUUUAUAUUUUACGUCACAUCAUGAAUGGAAUUCAUACACAUUCUAACGGUCACAGACGAAGUCGUCUGCAGGAACCACCACCGAAAAGUAACGGACUUUACGUCAGGAUUCUCGUUGCUCAGAUCGUUUUCGCAUUGUUUGCCGCAUUCAUUGGUUUGGCUCUUUAUACUGUUUGUACGUACAGUCUUCAUUGCAACACUGUUAAUUGGGAUUGUGAAUGUAAUACGUGGACAAAUGUCAGUGCAAACCUAUGGGGCAGUAUUAUAGUGGUGAUAGCUUCAGGAUUUGCGGUAUGUAAAGCAAAAAAUCCCAGCAAACUUUCAAAACAUACAAGUCUAGUGACGACGUUAGUCGGGACGUUGGUGUGUGCCAUAGCCAUCUGCCUGGAGGCGAUGGCAGCAACUUCUAAAUUUAAAUUGUUCGUGGUUGCUCACAAAGUUUUCCAUUCCCUUGGUUGUGUUGUAUUCUGCAUUAUUUUGUUACUUUUUAUAUGGGGAUUUCUCAUCGACAACACAGAGCAGUUAUGUUCUACUGUACUUGUGAAAGUGCAGCCGUCAACCAACUACAGUGUGAGACGGGCAACUCAGGAAGCUCAAGAAGAUCUUUCAAAAAGCAAAUCACGAGGCAGUCAAGAUUCUUUCCCGACGACUUCCGGUCAAUAUGCCGGAAUUCCGGCUGUAUAGCUUGAAUGGAAAUUUCGGAAAGUAGUCAAUUUUGCAACAGAUUGCAAGGCUCAUUUUAGAAAAAAAUGAAUCAAGAAUGCUAAAUGUCAAAACCUGACGGUACAAUAGUGGGCGGUACAAUAGUGGAAAAGAAAAAGUAUUUUUCCAUGUAAAUAAUCCUGUAAACUAUUUCUGUAAAUUCAAACUGAAUGAACUUUAUUAUCUAGGUUUAAACUUUAAUAUUUGAUUGUUUUUACGAUUAUAAUAACAUUGCAAAUAAUUCGAACGUUUGGAAUAUUUGUCCAGACUCUUUCUAAUACGGGACAUUUUAUUCGGUACUCCCGUAGUGUGUGUAUCAGGUUAGGGUUAGGCCAUAAUUUCAUUUCGAUUU